AAAUCCUAAUUCUAUUUUCAUCUCAACGUCACAGCCUCCACCCUCACAGACCGUCUUUGCAGUCACCAAAACUUGCUGUCUCACCGUCACCCUUGCUGCCGUCACCUCCGCCCUUGCUGUCGUCGCCGUCGCCCUUGUUGCAGUCGCCUCCGCAAGGCCAAAAUGGUCAGCAGACAAUCAGAUCUAUAUGCAACAGUUGUUCUUUAAUUUCAAUUUCUUGUUCUUUGCUUUGGAAGUGACUCCCAUGAUAGCAUCAAAACAAAGAAAGUCCCUGUUUCUCUCCAAAAAUACGAAAAAGAGAGAAAGAGCCUGUAUUACGAACCGUUAAGUUGAGCGAAAGGCAUCGUAUAUUAGGGUUUUGAUCAGAACUUGCAAUUAUGGAUCCUAGAUAUUCUGGGGAGACAUUGAAACAUUUGGAGAAGCAGAAUGAGUUGUUAAUGCACGCAUAUAAUUCAGUGUCUCAUGAAUUGCAUAAGCUUCAGGUUGAGGAAGAAAUGCUGAUGCGCAAAUUUUAUCAACUUAUGGCUGCACACGGUUUACCUAAAAAGAAUGAAGGCAAUGCCGAGAUGAAAGAUGGGAGGGGAGUUGGAGAUUCUACUGCUUUACUGACAAAUACCAGCGAUGAUUCCAUCAGUGGUGAAAAUGGGCAAGCAACUGCAUUAGUUCCUACUAGUAGCAAUGAACAAGAAUGAGGAUAUCAAUUUUGUAUUGAAUUUAUGACGAUCUUCUAUCUUUUAUUGUGGGCAUUUCUUCUUUCUUUUUUUUUAACAUCCUCUCUUUUCCUCCAAUACAACUGCAAAUUUUGUUGACUAAAAUGUUUGUUUGAUGCAAUAGUUUCAUCAAUUGUAAAUACUGUCUGCAGACUUCUUCAGAUAACAAGAUGUCUAUUCAGGUUGACGCUAUGUUGUUGCUUGAAUUUUAUCAGAUGAAAUUUGUUGAACUUGCCAGUGAAGAACUGAGUUGGCAGAAUAAGAUGUGAAUGUCCUUUGAUUUA